UCAUAAGACUUGUGAGGGCUUUUGCAGCUUGAGGAUUAGGACAGGCUGACGAGCAGAGAGCAUUCGCAGCACUGUCUUCUGUCCGCUAGUUCCAGUUUUGCGAGGCACCGGUGACGAGACACUGUAGGGGCGAAACAUGGGAGGAUAUUCUCAUUCAGGAGGCCCUCAGAGAAGCGACUUCAGCGCCAAAAAUGAAGGCAGGGGUGGGACAUCGUACCUGAGGCCAGAAGAGAUUACAGGAAUUGCAGUCUUGGUCCUCAUUCUUGUUGCAUUGCUGAUCAUUGGUUGCUGGUUUUACAGGCGCAGGAAUGGCUACAUUAUGAUUAAGACACGUGGCCCAGUUGGCAGUAUUCGGAAGGCAUUGAGGGCUGGCCGUGGUAAUGAAGACCUAUUUGAAAAUAAAGUUCCUUUAAAUGACUAUGGCAACUUUGGUCCAGUGGUACCAAAUGCUCCUCCAGCCUAUGAGAAAAUACAAGAGCAAUUACCACCUCCUUAUACCCCUUAAACGGCUAAAAAAAAUUUAAGGGAAGAUCAAAGAAUCGAGGAUCUGGGCACAAAAACCUGUUAAAUGGCUUCUGGAAUGGAAGAUGCAUUCCAGUUAAUAGCAACCUGGCUGUUGGCUUUACUAAUAAAGCACUUUGUAUACAGUA